AUGUCAGUAUCAGCGGCUCAGCAACUUGUGGAUUUGAUUUCCCAAGCAGUCAAAGAUAUCGAAGGCGAUAUUGCCAGCCAAAUCUCAGGUGGUACGAUCACCGAUGUCAACUUGCCAAUUGUUGCUCGAGAAGACGGACUGGAGGCAACUGAAACGCGUCGAGCAGCCAUCAGAACCUUACAUGCGGCCACUCACGAAUUAAUCUCGACUAUCAUGCCCGCAGGCGUGUACGUGCUCGACACUUAUUCCUCUUUUUUCGAGAAAACGGCGAUCGAUACCGUUGUUGGUGCGGGCAUUGCAGACUUGAUCCAUUCGAUCGACCCCGAUUCUAGUAUGGGUGGCGUCCAUGUCAACGUACUCGCCGAAAAGACCAUGAUGGAUUCUCGCAAACUGUCUCACAUCCUACGCUUCCUCGCCUUGCGUAACAUAUUCUGCGAAUUGACCGAAAAUCAUUGGGCCAAUAAUCGACAUUCUUUCCCACUAAGAACUGAUUCUUCCAAUAGCAUUGUAAAUGCCCUUGGACAUAUUCGAGAGGAAACUUCACUGCCCGCCUUGGUCGCUCUUCCUAAGCUUCUGUUGGACAAACAAGUUGACGGAGCUUUCAGCAGGGAUCCUAACCACAGUGCGUUCUAUAAGUAUCAUCAGCCCGGUUGCGAUUUUUUUGAAUUCUUGGCCAAGUCAGAGGGUGGUUAUAAAGCCGAGAGAUUUGGGAAAGCAAUGUUGGAGAUGUCCCAUGCCAGGGGCUCCGGGGCAGCGGUGUAUAAAGCCUUUGAUUGGCAGAAGCUUGGUCCCAAGGGCACCUUAAUCGAUGUUGGUGGUGGGGUUGGUGCGGCUGCGUAUGCUAUUUCUACUUACCUUCCGGGAUGGAAAGUAGUAGUGCAAGAUCGUGCUGAGGUGGUCAAAGAUGGGAAAGAAAACUACCGACAGAUAGGCUCAUCGGCCAACUUGGAAUUUGAGGAAGUCGACUUUUUCCAGGACCAACCGGCGCAUCGCUCCGGGGAAGCAGACACUUUCUUCCUCCGACACGUAUUACACGAUUGGGCCUUUGAAUUCUGCGUAAAGAUUUUGAGCCGCUUAAGAAAAGCUGCGAAAUCGACGACAUCCUUAUUGAUAUGCGAGACUGUCCUGAAUCCGCCGGUCCGGAAUCAUGAUUCUCCGAUCCUCUCCAACGGCGGUAUGACUCCCUCCUCAUCCCACAUUCUCAACCUCGCCAUGAUGACUCUUCUUAACGCAGAGGAGCGUAGCCAAGCUGAGUUUGUAGAAAUCCUGAACAAGAGUGGUUGGAAGUUACAUUCGGUUACCCAUUUGGCCACUCUUUCGGAUUACUUCAUGAUUGAAGGUGUUCCUGACCCCUCGUGGAACCCGCAAGAUCAAUGCACCAAUCCUUCUUAG